AUGAGUCUUCUUCCCGGGAUCUCACACAAUAACCACAACAGGCACUACACGUCCACCGUACACAGACACCAUUUCUAUGAGAACGUCGCUUAUUCAAAUACACAUCCACCACGGACGAUGCUCUUCCUACAAAAGACUCUGACGCUGGCCGCCAUCCUCAUCUCAUUCUGCGCUCCAAUGCCCCUCAUUCGCAUUCAAAACAUCUCCAAAGAAAACAUCUGCUACAUGGUGGAAUAUUCCAACGGAACGGGCACCUUUCCCAACGAAACAAUCUGCGGCAUAGAUCGAGGCUUCUGGCUCAACUCCGGCCAGACCAAGGACUUUAAAGCAACAGGCUUUGAUGGCGAACACUUCAACGGCGCCGUAACAGCCUGGCUAAAAAACAACACCUUUAGGGGCGCCCGCAAUGAGAUAAACCUCUUGAACCAAAGCAUGGCGUGGUACGACGUCAGCUACCAAUACGGCAUAUCCGACGGUACCUGCGGCCCCGCCAAUAGUAGCGAUCUCUCAGGAGAGAAAGACUCCCUUGGGAAGGCAAACUCGGCAUGGAAAACUCUCAGUUAUCCAAUCAAGAGACAAUUACUCAAAUCCCCACAGUAUCUGAGACAAGGCAAAAACGGAUCCCUGGUUCAUAUCAACAUGGGUGUAGAGGCCUUCCCAUAUGGUGCUCCAGACGUUGUCAUGUUCUUCCAGGCUACAGCUGGCUUCAAGGCGUACAUGGGCUCCGGGAGCGCUACGGAUGUGACCUGGCCCCCGAAUUCGGUACAGGCGGAACUGGUCCCGUUGGCGGAUAAGCAGACUUUGAGCGCACCGACGGAUCAUAUCGUCAUUACUUCUUACUAG